GAGCACAACACCCUUCACUCACCCGCGACACCGGCAAGGACCCGAACACUGUGAACUCGCGUCCUGACAUAUCCACUCGUGUACUCAUCGCGACUCGCGUUAUUAUUGUUGAUCUUCCGCAUCUCGUUCCGCCUCCUACAUCGCAAUGAUUCAGUUAGCCACGACAAUGUACGGCAUAUGUAACAAAGUGAGCACUAAAAAACGACACCGGCCGCGCUGCGGUGAAAGUUCCGGAUCGUGUUCUGAAGAAGAUAUCAACAAUGCAUCCGAUGAAAUUAGAGACCGGCCGGAGGCGCACAUGUGCCCUCGCUGCCAGGAACAAUUCGAGAGCCUACAUGAAUUCCUCUACCACAAACGACUUUGUGAUGAGAAAGCGAUGCAAAUGGGUGAAGAGAGGAUGCAUUCUGAUCCCGAGGAAAUGGUCGUCUCAGGCGACGAGGAAAUGGACGGACCUAACAAACGAUUAGAACAAGUACGACGGCAUAGACAAGAUGCUGAAAAUAAUAACAGCCUCGAAGAUGGCGAGCCCGAAGUGCCUGAAGCCGAUGUCCCUCCUGUUGGACUUCCCUUUCCUGUAGCUGGGCAUGUUACCCUUGAGGCGUUACAAAACACUAAAGUUGCUGUUGCGCAAUUUGCAGCUACUGCCUUAGCGAACAACACUGACAAUGAAGCAGCAUUACAUGAACUUGCCGUACUCCAAAGUACAUUGUUUACGCUGCAACAUCAACAAGUCUUUCAAUUGCAACUCAUACGCCAGUUACAAAAUCAAUUGUCAUUAUCGCGACGGAAAGAAGACCACCAGAGCCCGCCUCCGAGUGAACCAGAGCCGACGACUCCGGCGCCUCCCGCUCGAUCACCGUCGCCGCCUCGUCCGCCACGGGAGCCUACUCCUGUUGCUCCCACUCCUCCCACCAGCCAAAGCUUGCCAUCGACUCAUUCGCAUCUUACUCCAAAAACGGAACCAAUUUCCGUUCCUAAAAUCCCAACCUCCUCUCCUCCUAUGAUGACCCACCCGCCUUACAGUUCCAUAUCGUCAUCAUUAGCCUCUUCGAUCAUCACAAACAAUGAUCCACCGCCGUCCCUUAAUGAGCCUAACACGCUUGAAAUGUUACAAAAACGGGCUCAAGAAGUACUGGACAAUGCGUCUCAAGGCUUACUAGCGAAUAACCUUGCCGAUGAACUCGCCUUUCGUAAAUCCGGAAAGAUGUCUCCAUAUGAUGGAAAAUCUGGAGGGCGGAACGAACCCUUUUUCAAGCACCGAUGCCGAUACUGUGGAAAAGUUUUUGGGAGCGACUCCGCACUGCAAAUCCACAUUCGUUCUCAUACAGGUGAAAGGCCCUUUAAAUGUAAUGUUUGCGGUUCGCGAUUUACGACUAAAGGAAAUCUCAAAGUUCAUUUCCAAAGACACACAGCAAAAUUCCCACACGUGAAGAUGAAUCCCAACCCAGUGCCAGAGCAUUUGGACAAAUACCAUCCUCCGUUAUUAGCGCAAUUAUCGCCGGGACCCAUCCCCGGGAUGCCGCCCCAUCCACUACAGUUUCCUCCGGGUGCGCCAGCUCCUUUUCCGCCAAGCUUGCCGUUGUACAGACCGCCGCAUCACGAUUUACUACCACCUCGUCCUCUCGGAGAUAAGCCCUUGCCGCCUCACCCACUAUUUGCCAUGCGAGAAGAACAAGACGUUCCAGCUGAUCUCAGUAAACCUUCUGUGCCGAGCCCUUCCCGAUCCGCGCCGGAUGUAUUUAAGUCUGAACCUCAAGAUGAAGAAAGUCAGCGGGAGUCUAGUUUUGAAGAUGGCGACCGCGUAUCUCCGAAACGCGAGCCUGAAGAAAAUGACGUAGCACAAGACGCCGAACACGAACGUUACCCUUCGACGUCCCCUUAUGACGACUGCAGUAUGGACUCGAAAUAUAGCAAUGAAGAUCAAAUCGGCAGGGAAAGUCCACAUGUGAAGCCCGAUCCCGAUCAACCGGAAAAUCUCUCAAGUUCGGAGAGCGGGCGGAGCGCGCGAGCCUCACCACCGUCUCCAACGAUGUCAACGCCGUCGACGCCGCCCAGGCUGCCACAACAUUCGCCGCUGCCUUCGCCACCCGCGCCUCUCGCUGCGCUCGGUGCUCUCGGAGGAUCACCCUUCAGCCCACUAGGACUCGCGUUCCCUCCCGCAGUGCGCGGCAACACAACGUGUAGCAUCUGCUACAAAACGUUCGCCUGCAAUUCCGCUCUGGAGAUACAUUACCGCAGCCACACCAAGGAGCGACCUUUCAAGUGCACCAUCUGUGACCGCGGAUUCUCCACUAAGGGCAACAUGAAGCAACACAUGUUGACGCACAAGAUCCGUGAUAUGCCGCCCGGCUUCGACAAAGGGCCUGGCGGUCCCACGGGCACCUCUAUGGAUGAUGCCCGGGACCCGAGCCCGGACCGGCGAUCUUCUCCGGACAAAGUGGACCUCAAGCGAUCGCCUCCCGUCCACCCGCCGCCGAUGACGCAUGCACCGCCGAUUGACAUGCCCUCGUUGCCUAAAAGACCUAGUGUACCAAGCGGGCCUACCCAUCCGCCACCGCCGACAUCGUCAAAGCAUUUAUGCGGUGUUUGCCGCAAGAACUUCUCGUCGUCGUCGGCGCUGCAAAUCCACAUGCGGACACACACCGGUGACAAACCCUUCCGAUGCGCCGUCUGUCAGAAGGCCUUCACUACCAAAGGGAAUCUAAAGGUGCACAUGGGCACGCAUAUGUGGAGCGGCGGCGCGUCACGGCGCGGGCGUCGUAUGUCGCUGGAGCUGCCCCCGCGGCCGCUGCACGAACCCCACGAGCUACUGCGCCGACCCGACCUGUUUUACCCGUACCUACCCGCGCCAUUCCUCAACGGCAUGCAACAAAAGCUAAACGAGAUAUCAGUUAUACAGCAAAACGCGGGUCAAAACGGCGUAGCCGGAAAAUUCCCUGGCCUGUUAGGCUUCGGACAUUUCGGUCCCGCACGUCCCGGCGCAGCCUCUCCACUUGAGAGGCCGCCGUCGCUGGAAGGUCAAGAUGAAAGGCAAGCGGCUAUGCGGGAGCUUGCGGAGCGUGGGCGUGAACUGGCCGAACGCAGCCGGCAGAUGCGCGAGGAGGGCGAGUACCGCGCGGCGGGCGCGCUGGGGCCGCACGCGCCGCCGCCCGCGCAGCCCUCGCCGCCCGCGCCGCACCACCAGCACACGCACCCGCUCGCAUCGCUGCCGCCGCCAGCACGCACCGAGGGCCUCACCGUUUAACUCACUCGAAAUUGUAACGGCCGAUAACAUUCCAAAACAGAAAAAAAACAAAUGACUAGCGACAUGUGAAUCCCGAACAUCGGGCCGAAACAGUCGAGCCACGCGCCGCAGUAGUAUUUACGUUUGUACAAAGAUUAAAAUUUAAAGUGAAUGCGCGAAGUUGUGGAAUCGUCGGGUCGCUUGAACCGAGCGUCCGUUCCACGCAGCAAGUUGUGCGAGAGGUAGCGUCAAGCGUGUGAUGCGCAAGGACUCAGCCGCACGAGUACGGGCCGGGGGCAAUCGGGGGCUCCUGGAGAGCUCCACGUUUAUGUCAUUACUCUGUGAUAGUGCACAUUAGAGGCUGUGUCUCGCCGACCGGAAACACCCGUUUAGUUUAAGCGCUAUCGGAAUUCGUCUAUUACCGAUGCGGUCGAAUGUGCUACGACAUCAAGAAUGAUUAAAUUAUAAAUUAUCCCAAAAA